AUGUCUUCCCAAUUCGAUAACUGGGAAAGCAACCCGACUGAGACGCAUGGUCCGUUGAUGAGCGUUUCCACCUGGUCGCUUGGUGGAGUUUCUUUUCUCUUCCUUGUUGUUCGUUGCUUGAUCCGUCAAAGCCAAAAGAAACUUUGGGUCGAAGAUGGUGUACUUGUGAUCAGUUGGUUCUUUCUCCUCGCCCAACUUAUUCUGAAUCAACUCAGUAUAAACCUGGGUUUCGGAAAGCACGCACUUGAUAUCGACUUUGGAAACUUCGAGCGCAUCACGUAUUACGGCGCAUCCGCACUCACCGUAUCGAUUGCCGGUAUCAUCUUGAGCAAGAUCUCAUUUGGUCUCACUCUGCUCCGAUUGACGGAUGGGUGGCUUAAGGCCUAUGUCUGGUUCGCCAUAGCUACCUUGUUCAUAUUUGCGGUACCAGUAGCUGUCCUGCCUUGGACGCUUUGCAAACCUAUCACGAAAACCUUUGUGGACAUCUUACCAGGCACAUGCGUUGACAAGCAUCCUUCCGUAGUAUAUGGAAGAUUUCAGGCCGUAUGGGCUGCAAUCAUGGAUAUUUCUUUGGCAUUAUUACCUUGGAAAGUCCUGUGGAAGCUCCAGAUGCGGUUGGCCGAGAAAAUCGGAGUUGGUGUUGCUAUGAGCUUGGGUAUCUUAGCAGGAGUCACUUCUAUCCUCCGAGCCAGAUAUAUCGAGCAACUGCAAACGCAGGAUCUAUCAUAUGAAGCAUACAACUCCGUCAUUUGGUCAACCGCAGACACCGCUAUGACGAUUGUUGCCACGUCCAUCCCCGUACUCCGUGUCUUCUUCAGACAAGCGGUCAACCAAGCAUUAACAAACUACCAUAACUCGUCGAGUCGAAGUAAAUCAAAGUCCACUGCUUCUGGAAGCACUCCUUCCAACCCGUCGAACAAUGCAAGCUCACUUGCACGCGAUAAUAUACGGCGAUUGAGCAAGAAGACAACACAUACAUUAGGACAUACUAGCAUUGAAUACCUAGUCGAUGAUGUGGAGAGAGGUCUAAAGGAUGGUUACAUAGAGUUGGACCAUCUUGUUGUCGAUGAUAAGACUGGGCGCAUUACAGCCUUGACUCCCGAGUCGUUGCCAGAGUCUAUGUCAUGCGCACGCAUACACAACGAGAAUUGGCCUUUGAGUGACUACCCUCAGUCGCACACAGAAGGUUGCAGUCGAGGUUAUGGAAGAUAA